UCUAGCCACACUGAGCUACAGUGUUUAUUUAAUGUCGUUUUACAGUUUAGUAAAGUACUUUGAGAGCUAAGUGUAGUGUAAAAGUGUUUUACUCGCACGCGAAAACGAACGUCUCGACAACGAAUAAUUUCAAGUAGAUCUUAGUUUAAUUCUAACGCGAUAGAAUUUGAUUUAUUAGAAAUCAACAACGAAGUGUUAAAAAAUAACAAUCGAGAAUGGCAACCGUUCAACGAAAAUUAGUUCACAAACAAUUUAAUUCACCGAUCGGCCUCUAUUCGGACAACAAUGUUAAGUCAACCCUGAAUCGUGAGCUGAAGGCAUUCUCCAAUGGAACUAUGGGAGUCGAAUGCGAUGACAAUGCAAAGCCAGCGAAUUUGGCGAAUUCAGCCGUUUUGAAACUGCUGGAAGAAGAAGAACGUGAAAAGCAAGCUGGGGGAGUAAAACGUGUAACGUGGCCACCAGAGCACGAAUACCAAGCUAGAGCUUCUUCACAAACACGUCAGUCGCCAGCUUUUCAACCGCAGCACCGACAACCAUCUCCCCAUCCUCAUUAUCAGAACGGUGGCUAUAAACCAUCUACGCAAUAUCGCCAACCAUCACCUGCUGUUGCACCCCAAACCAAUUAUCCUGGUCAAUCUUAUCAACAAUCACCAUCAUCAAACUAUCCGCAAUCGGGAUAUCAACAACAUCAACAUCAACAUCAACCACCCUAUCAACAACAACAAUACCAACAACCAGCCUAUCAGCAAGGUUAUCAAGGUCCAAUUUCCGAGAAAAGCCAAUAUCCUGAUCCAACUUAUAUGUCACAAUCCACUCCUAGCUAUUUACAAACGCAACAAAACAUAAAACCACCAAGCUGUACGGCCGCUUUUACUGGUGGAAUUUCAGUUGGUAAUAAAGCUCAGUCACAAGCUCAAUCACAAGCACCAAAUUGGUCGCAUGUUCAACCAUCUCGGCCAGUUCAUUCUGGAUACGUUCAACCACAAUAUAAUCAACAACAAUCAUCACAACCAUCAUUUCAUCAAAGCGAAUUGUCGACUCCAUACGCCGUAAAACAAAAUCAAUAUCAGCCACAACAGUCUUAUCAACAUCAACAGCAACAACAACAACAACAACAAUAUCAAUAUCAACAGCACCAACAAUCGGUUCCUGUGCAAUCAUCGACUCAAUACCAAACAAAUCAAUCGGUGCAGCCGCAACCGCAAAAUCAAUAUCAUCCCGAAGAUAAUUUCUAUCGACAACCAAGCCCCGGUGUCAUAACGUUGCGCAAAGAGCUUCCUGUUUCUCAACGUCCUCCUCUUAUUUACGCAUCUGAACCGGCUGCCCAUAGCUACGGAGGUGGCGGCAACAUGCGCGGCGACCAAAAAUGGCCACCAGAAGAAUACAAGAAACAAAGCGAAAUUGACAAUGAGCAACGCAGACAAUUGGCGUUAGGACCGGCAUUUCGACCGCGGCGAGUUAACAAAGAUUACACAGGAUUCUUCCAACGUCACGCUUUGAACGCAACUUACCCCGGAUAUAAAGCACCACCACACACUCAAUUUUAUGGCAAAAAUUAUCCAGAAUAUCCACAAUAUCAAUAAACAGGAGCAUCAACGACCACAUCAAUGUUGAAUUUUCAUUAAUUGAAAACAAAAACCCCAAUCGAAAAAUAGAUCAUACGAAGGAAGCAGCGCUCUCCUCCCACAAAA